CGGGCUGGCACUUUUCGGAAAGGUGACUGGGCGGGGAGGACCGGCAUCAGCUCUGCCUGGGUCCUGGGCAGGUGCCCCAGAGCAGCCUCCAGCGCCCACAGGCUGGAGGUGGGCCUCCACGUCCAGUCCGAUGUGGGGCCACGGGAGGGUUGGGACUAGACAGGCAGGCGAUGGUCUAGUGGUCCAAGGACCACUGUCACUGGGACUCCGCACAGGAUGGCAGGAAGUACAGAAGAACUGAGAAGUCCCUCAGGACUGGGCCUGCCAUAGCAACUUUUUGGCUAGGACCCACAGCCAGAGGCACAGGCCCUGGCUGCAGUCGCCUUGGCCAAGUCCUGAAGUAGCAGCUUCACCUGUGCGCUGUCAGUGGGGGUCCCAGUGGUGGCCAUCCCCAAGCGGGUGGCCGGGGCCAGACCUUAUCAGGGCCGGAGCGCUGGGGGUGGUAGAGAACCUUGAGAAGUUACCGCAGCAGCUCCCGGCUAGGGGAGACGGAGCCUUCCUCUCCCAGUGUGCCUGCACCCGGCAGGGUGAAAGCCGUGCUCCACCGGCAGACCUCACCAGCCUUCCCGGGGCAGCUCAGUGACAGGCAGCUGCCGAGGUCUUGCAUCAGCAGCCGACGGAAGGCCGGCCGCCCACCAUGUCGGACUACGAGAACGACGAGGAGUGCUGGAGCGCCCUGGAAGGCUUCCGCGUGAGGCUCAUCUCCGUCAUCGACCCCUCGCGCAUCACGCCCUACCUGAGGCAGUGCAAGGUCCUGAACCCCGAUGACGAGGAGCAGGUGCUCAGCGACCCCAGCCUGGUCAUCCGCAAGCGCAAAGUGGGUGUGCUCCUGGACAUCCUGCAGCGGACUGGCCACAAGGGCUACGUGGCCUUCCUGGAGAGCCUGGAGCUUUACUACCCGCAGCUGUACAAGAAGGUCACCGGCAAGGAGCCCGCCCGAGCCUUCUCCAUGAUCAUCGACGCGUCGGGGGAGUCAGGCCUGACGCAGCUGCUGAUGACCGAGGUCAUGAAGCUGCAGAAGAAGGUGCAGGACCUGACAGCGCUGCUGAGCUCCAAGGAUGACUUCAUCAAGGAGCUUCGCGUGAAGGACAGCCUGCUGCGCAAGCACCAGGAGCGCGUGCGGCGGCUCAAAGAGGAGUGUGAGGCCGGCGCGCGCGACCUCAAGCGCUGCAAGGACGAGAACUACGACCUGGCCAUGCGCCUGGCCCGCCUGAGCGAGGAGAAGGGCGCCGCGCUCAUGCGCACCCGCGAUCUGCAGCUGGAGGUGGACCGGCUGCGCCACAACCUCAUGAAGGCGGAGGACGACUGCAAGGUGGAGCGCAAGCACACGCUGAAGCUGCGGCACGCCAUGGAGCAGCGGCCCAGCCAGGAGCGGCUGUGGGAGCUGCAGCAGGAGAAGGUCCUGCUGCAGUCGCGGGUGCAGGAGCUGGAGGCCGCGGCGCAGGAGGGGAAGCUGGAGCGGAGCAGCCCCUACAUCCAAGUGCUGGAGGAAGACUGGCGCCAGGCGCUGCGGGAACACCAGGAGCAAGCCACCACCAUCUUCGCCCUGCGGAAGGACCUCCGCCAGGCCGAGGCCCUCCGCACGCGGUGUGCAGAGGAGAAGGAGAUGGUCCAGCUGCAGUGUCUGGCCCUGCGCAAGGACUCCAAGAUGUACAAGGAGCGCAUCGAGGCUGUGCUGCAGCAGAUGGAGGAGGUUGCCAUCGAGCGGGACCAGGCCAUGGUCUCUCGGGAGGAGCUGCACACGCAAUGCGCCCAGAGCCUGCAGGACAAGGAUGAGCUGCGCAAGCGGGUCCGCGAGCUGGGCGAGAAGGCCGACGAGUUGCAGCUGCAGCUGUUCCAGUGCGAGGGCCAGCUGCUGGCUGCCGAGGCCCGGCUCAAGCAGCAGCAGCUGGACACGGUGGUCCUGAGCUCUGACCUAGAGGACAGCUCUCCUAGGAACUCCCAGCUCUCUCUGCCCCAGGAUCUGGAGGAUGAUGCCCAACUCUCAGACAAAGGUGGCCUGGCCGAGGGAGAGAACCCGGAGCAGCCUUUUGUGUCCUUGCAGAAGGAGCCGCUCCCGCUGAGCCCUCUUGUAAGGCUUCUCUCUCGGGGUCCCCUCAGCCCUGUGUCCCAUUGGCCACUCCUCCCCUUGGGGAUGAUGCCAAGGUACCCGCGGGUCGUUCCUGGGUGCAGCGUUUGGAACAUGAGUGGCACUCCUCGGCUCCUGCACACGGAGCCGACCUGGAGGCCCUGCGAGCGGGCGGGCGGGCAAGGCGUGCAGGUGCAGCUGGCCUCGCCUUCACAGGACGCUGGCCCGAGUGCUGGUGGGGAGCCCCCCGAGAAGGAGCGGCGACGCCUCAAGGAGAGCUUCGAGAACUACCGCAGGGGGCUGGGGCCGCGGGCGCGGGCUGGGGCCACGGCCACACCGGCACACUGCCUACACCUGCCACCGCUCCCGCAGGAAGCGAGCGCUCAGGAAGGUGCAGAGCGGCUGGCAACAGGGCGAGGGCGACCGCGGGAACACGACUGGCAGCGACAACACAGACACCGAGGGCUCCUAGCGUGCCAGGAACGCGGGCUGUCUCCUGCCGCGGCGCGCGUCCGUGUGCUGUGACAUGUCUCCUAUU